UAUGACGGUGUUUACUUGCUUGGUAUGGCUUUGAACGAGACGAUUUCUAUGGGUGGAAACAUCAGAGACGGUCUGGCCAUAACCAAAUUGAUGUGGGGUCGUGAUUUUCACGGAAUUAGCGGUUACGUCACGUUCGACCACAACGGAGAUAGAGUUGCGGAUUACUCCAUACAGGUUCUGGACCCAAAGACUGGGAAAUUUUACGCAGUCGCUCAUUACUACGAUUUGCACAAAGAGUAUUUGCCGGUGCCCGAGCAGAAGAUCUAUUGGCCUGAAGGACGGGAAGACCCUCCUCCGGAUAUUCCCGAACCUGGAUUUUUGGAUGAAAAAAGAAAAAUUAUUAUAUAUGGAAUUGUCGCUUUAUUAUUGAUCUUCAUUCUCAGAGGUUUUCUUGCUUGUGUUCGCAUUAUGUGUGCACGAGAAGUACCUACGGACCAAAACAUCAUGCAGUGGCGCGUACGACCCGAUGAGAUGAUGUUUGAGUUAGGGAUACUAUACGACUACGAACCAGAAAUUCCAAGCUUAAUUCAAUCGUUGGAUGUAUCCAGCAGCAGACCUUCUGCUUCAUUCAUCAACUCGCUGCAGUCGACACCUUUAGGAAUGUAUAAAGGCACUCGCGUAUUCAUUAAGAAAAUCGUCAAGAAAAACAUGGACAUUAACAAGAAACUUCUCAGUGAAAUCAAGCAAGUCAUAAAUAUUGGACACAAGAAUACCAUUCGAUUCUUAGGUGCGUGUAUCGAGAAUCCGGGAAUACUGAUCAUCACCGAAUACUGUCCCAGGGGUAGUUUGCGGGAUGUUCUUGAUAAUAAUGAAAUCAACCUGAACUGGAAAAACAAGUUGUCGCUGAUCGAGAAUAUUGCGAAAGGGAUGAAAUACCUGCACAACAGCGAGGUGUCCGUUCAUGGAAAACUGAAUUCCCACAAUUGCUUAAUCGAUGGCGACUUUGUAUUGAAGAUCUGCGAUUUCGGUCUGACCACUCUAAUGAUACCAGACGAUAUCUCUGAGGAUAUAAAUCACUAUCAUAAACUUUUAUGGGUUGCUCCUGAACUACUUCCAUUAACCGUCGUACCAGGAAUUCCGGCAACGCAAAAAGGCGACGUCUACAGUUUCGCUAUAAUCCUUGAGGAGAUUAUUUUGAGAGCCGGUCCUUUUUUUGUCACAUUACAAUAUGAAAAUCUAUGUAUUUACGAUAUUUUAAAACGCGUGGCUGACAGGGAAAUUCCUCCAUUCAGACCGGUCGUGGAUGAGACCAACUGUCAUGAGAAUUUGAUUCUUCUCAUGAAAUCAUGCUGGGAGGACAACCCAGAUUGUAGGCCCCCAUUCAACGUUAUCUGUCGGGAAGUCAAAUACAUCAUAACAUGCUAUAAGGAAAACCUGUUGGAAGACCCACCGUAUGGGCCAGAGCAUUAUUAAACUCGUACUGGCUGACUUCGACUCAGAAUCUUUGACUCCAACUCCCAGGCAAUUUUUACCCUUUGGUAGUUAAGGUUAAUUAAUAUGUGUCAACAAUUAUAUUACCUGUCCUGAAAAGAAUUUGUCCCGUAAUAAAAUUAUAUGUGGAGAAUUAUUUCUAAUGAAAAUCUAUACUAUACACUUAAAGAACACUUAAAUUCUAACUUCAUUGGG